AAAGUUGGCGUUGUAGGAGUGUGAAAGUGAUAAUCGUUGGUUCGUAAUGUGUAGCCACAGCCAGAGAGUGUUACCCAAGAGAAUAAUUCUGGUGCGUCACGGGGAGUCGCAAGGGAACCUGCAGCCCACCGCAUACGACACCAUCCCCGACCCCAAGAUCCAGCUCACGCCGGAGGGCAUUGCCCAGGCACGCCACGCCGGUCACCGCAUCCGCCACGUCAUCGCCGGCGAGGGUUCCACCAAUUGGCGGGUGUACUUCUACGUCUCCCCCUACGCCCGCACCCGAUCCACGCUCCGGGAGAUUGGUCGCUCCUUCUCCAGAAAGCGCGUGAUUGGGGUCAGGGAAGAGUGCCGCAUUCGGGAGCAGGAUUUCGGCAAUUUUCAGGUCCAGGAGCGCAUGAACGUCAUCAAGGAAACUCGCCAACGCUUCGGAAGGUUCUUCUAUCGCUUUCCAGAGGGAGAAUCCGCCGCCGACGUCUUCGAUCGCGUUUCCAGUACGCACUUUUUCUUCAAUUAUUGCAAUGGUUUCCUUGAAUCUCUGUGGAGGGAUGUUGACAUGAACAGGCUUAACCAUGAUCCUUCUGAUGAUCUGAAUUUGAUAAUUGUGUCACAUGGGCUGGCAUCUCGUGUUUUCCUUAUGAAGUGGUUCAAGUGGACAGUCGAACAGUUUGAGCUUCUGAAUAAUUUUGAAAAUGGUGAGUUCCGCGUGAUCCAGUUGGGGAGUGGUGGAGAGUACAGCUUAGCCGUUCAUCACACGGACGAAGAACUACUUGAGUGGGGGCUCUCUCCUGAUAUGGUAGCUGAUCAGAAACGGCGAGCCAGUGCCAGCAAGGGUGACUGGAAUGAUCCAUGUUCCUGGUACCUUGAUGCUUUUUUUGAUCAUCUUCCUGACUCUGACGAUGACAAUGUGGACAAACAUGACGAGACAGAUUCUUUGAGUGAAUGUUCAUAGUGUGCUUAGCUAGCUUCUGGGUUUGGAAUUCAUAGUUAACAUUUUCUAGACAGUAGACUGUUCUUUCUUUUUUGUUCCUUCUUUUUUUUUUUGUUAAAAGAAAAAUUCAUUUCCAAAACAGAGGAAGGUUAAGAUGGAAAACGAUGUAAAAGGUUGUUCCUCGCUAGUUGGUGCUUUGUGUGAUGCAUAAUGCAUGCAUCUUGUACUAUACAUCAUGACAGAAUUUAGAAGAGCCUGAAUAUACAGUGUUUCUCGAGUUUGUACUCAAUUUGUGAUGCUUGAUGUUUGUGAAUAUUGGAGUUCAUUCUA